GACUCGGCAGAAGUGAGGGGCCCGAAGUGAGUCAGCGGAAGGGAGUCGGCCCUUCCCCUGCUGAGGCGCGGAGGGAGGCCCAUAAAUAAGUCGGGGCGGAGGCGGCCGUGGUGGAGGCGGCUGUGGAGAAGGUGGCUUUUGGACCCUAAACGCUCUUGACGCCAUGGAGUUUCCUGACUUGGGAAAACAUUGUUCUGAAACAACCUGCAAGCAGCUGGAUUUUCUUCCAUUAAAAUGUGAUGCAUGUGAAGCAAUCUUCUGUAAGGAUCAUAUUACAUAUACUCAGCAUAAGUGCACUUCUGCAUACAAGAAGGAUGUGCAGGUCCCGAUAUGUCCGCUUUGUAACAUUCCCGUUCCACUAAAAAAGGGAGAAUUGCCAGAUGUGGUGGUCAGUGAACACAUGGAUAGAGACUGUAAAUAUGACCCUGCCAAGCAGAAGCAGAAGAUUUUCACAAACAAAUGUUUAAAGGAGGGAUGCAAGAAGAAAGAAAUGAUGAAGCUGAUUUGUGACCAGUGUCAUGGCAACUUUUGUAUUCAACAUAGGCAUCCUUUGGAUCAUGACUGCAAGCGCGGUGGCCGUCCUAUUUCCAAAGCUGGGUAUGCAGCUAUAAUGAGGACCUCAGAUUCCAAAUCAUCAGGUGCUUCAAGCAAACUGCCUUUCAGUUGGCUACCUCAGCAAUUCAGAAGUAAAAUGAAGAGCUGAUUGGUCAUCAGGUCUCAAAACUGACACCAAGCUCACUUGUGUUAAAUUUAAGCAACAAACUUCUAUUUACAUUCUUGGGGAGGUGGGGGGCUAACAAUUUAAGCUAUUAAUCUUUUUGUAAAAGCUACCUUUAUGUAGCAUGUAAUGUUAUUUCUCAGGGGGUAAAAUACUUUUCUGUAAAACUUGUAAUAAAGCUUUUAUUAUAGACUUUCA